AUGGGACACGCCCUGGCUAUCAUGAGCUGUGACUUGCAGGCGGCAAGAAACAACGAGGAGCACCACACCAAGGCCAUCAGCUCCCGGCGCCUUGUCGUGAGGAGGGGGCAGUCCUUCACCGUCCUCUUGCAUUUCCGCACCCCAGUCCGCAGGUUUCUGCCUACCCUGAAGAAGGUGGCCCUCGUCAUACAAACUGGAGAGCAACCUUCCACGGCCAAUAGGACCCAAGCCAUCUUCCCGAUUUCCAGCCUUGGGGACCGAAAAGGGUGGAGCGCGGCGGUGGAGGAGAGAGAUGACCAAUCCUGGACCAUCUCUGUGACCACACCUGCAGAUGCUGUCAUUGGCCACUACUCACUCCUGCUGCAGGUCUCAGGCAGGAAGCAACGCCUUUUAGGACAGUUUACGCUGCUCUUUAACCCCUGGAAUAGAGAGGAUACUGUGUUCCUGGAGAAUGAGGCUCAACGCAGGGAGUAUGUGUUGAACCAGAAUGGCCUCGUCUAUCUGGGCACGGCUGACUGCAUCCAGGAAGAGUCCUGGGACUUUGGCCAGUUCGAAGGGGAUGUCGUGGACCUCAGCCUGGCCCUGCUGAGCGUGGACAAGCAGGUAGAGAAGUGGAGCCAACCUGUGCAUGUGGCCCGAGUGCUGGGUGCCUUGCUGCAUGCUCUCAAGGAGAAGAGUGUCCUGCCCAUCCCACAGACCCAGGCUGCCGAGGAGGAGGCCCUGCUGAACAAGCGCCGGGGCAGCGUGCCCAUCCUGCGGCAGUGGCUCACUGGCCAAGGGCGGCCCGUGUAUGACGGUCAGGCCUGGGUGCUGGCUGCUGUCAUGUGCACAGUGCUGCGAUGCCUGGGAGUCCCUGCCCGUGUGGUCACGACGUAUGCCUCAGCCCAGGGCACUGGCGGGGGCCUGCUGGUGGAUGAGUAUUACAAUGAGGAGGGUCUCCAGAAUGGGGAAGGCCAGCGGGGCCGAGUCUGGAUCUUUCAGACUUCCACGGAGUGCUGGAUGAAGCGGCCUGCUUUGCCCCAGGAGUACAAUGGAUGGCAGAUUCUGUACCCAACUGCUUCUGGUGGGAGCGGAGUCCUGGAGGCCUGCGAUCUGGUCCCUGUCAGAGCAGUCAAGGAGGGGAUCCUGGGGCUGAGCCCUGCAGUGUCAGACAUUUUUGCCUCGGUGAACGCCUCGUGUGUGGUCUGGAAGUGCUGUGAGGAUGGGACACUGGAGCUGACCAGCUCCAACACCAAGUACGUCGGCAGCAACAUCAGCACCAAGGCCGUGGGCAGUGACCGCUGUGAGGACAUCACGCAGCACUACAAGUACCCUGAAGGAUCCCUUCAAGAAAAAGAGGUGCUGGAGAGAGUCCAGAAAAAGAGGAUGGAACAAGGGAAAGACAAUGGCAUCCCUCCUCCCAGUGUCGAGAUGGCCGAUCCCCUGUACCUGUUCUUGGAAGCACCCAGCUCUCUACCCCUGAGAGGGGAGGCCCAGCUCUCAGUGAUCCUGAUUAACCCUAGCGACCAGGAGAAGGCUGUGCAGCUGACAAUUGGGGCCCAGGCCAUGUACUACAACGGCGUCCUUGCUACUGAGCUCUGGAGGGAGAAGCUGUCCCUCACGCUCAGUGCCAACCUGGUUAAGAGAAUAACCACCAGCCUGUCCUUCUCCUAUUUUGAGCCAAACCCGCCAGAGAACAGCUUCCUCAGACUCACGGCCAUGGCUACACACUCCAAGUCCAGCCUGAGCUGUUUUGCCCAGGAAGACGUCGCCAUCUGUAGACCACAGCUUGCCAUCGAGAUGCCAGAGACAGCAGAGCAAUACCAGCCUCUGACGGCGUCAGUCAGCAUCCAUAACACCCUAGAUGCCCCCAUGAAGGACUGUGUGAUCUCCAUCCUCGGGAGGGGACUCCUUCACAGAGAGAGGAACUACAGGUUAGGCCCCGUGUGGCCUGGAAACACAUUGUGUACCCAGUUCCAGUUCACACCAACACACCUGGGGCUCCACAGGCUGACUGUGGAAAUGGACUGCAACAUGUUCCAGAAUCUAACCAAUUACAGAAGUGUCACUGUGGUAGCCCCUGAACUUCCGGCUUGA